AUGGAGAGUGUGCAGGGGAGGUGUGAUAAGCUUCAGGGUGCUGGUGGUGUGAUUCCGAGGGGCCGUUUGCGGGUUUGGUUCAUUCGAGUGUGUUCAAGCAUUGUGGUGUGGACAUGUCUGGUUCAACUAGUGACAGUGAGUGAAAUAUGGAAAUCCCAUUUCUUUUUGGGGAUUACAAGUCGAAUACAUCACACAACUCAACAUCCUCUCCAAACACAAAAUGAACUUGUUCAACCGCCUCCCACCUUUCUUCCCGCAAAAGAUUUGGCAUUUCAGAUUUGUGACAUGGUGGCCAUUGCUCGACUUUUGAAUCUCACAUUGGUUGUACCAGAGCUUGAUAAGAAAUCAUUUUGGGCAGACCCUAGCAACUUUGAGGACAUUUUUGACGUGAGACAUUUCAUUGAUUCUCUACAAGAUGAAGUUCGAAUAGUAAAAAGAGUGCCCAAAAGGUUUAGUAGGAAAAGUGGAGACACUACCCUGAAGAUGCCUCCUGUUAGCUGGUCAAGUGAAAAGUAUUACUUGGAGCAGAUUCUUCCGCUUUUUAGCAAGCAUAAGGUAGUACAUUUCAACAAAACAGAUGCACGUCUAGCAAACAAUGGUCUCCCACUUGAUUUGCAGAAACUCCGGUGUCGUGUAAAUUACCAGGCACUUAAAUUCGCUCCUGAACUUGAGAAUUUGGGCCAAAAAUUGAUUCGGAUACUUAGUAAAAAUGGACCUUUUGUGGCUUUGCAUUUGAGAUAUGAGAUGGACAUGCUGGCUUUCUCAGGUUGUACGCUUGGUUGCACUAAAGAAGAAGCUGUGGAGCUCAAGCGGAUGAGGUAUGCAUUCCCUUCCUGGAGAGAAAAGGAGAUAGUAUCUGAAGAAAGGAGAUCACAGGGUCUCUGUCCUUUGACACCGGAGGAGUCAGCCUUAAUUCUACAAGCCUUGGGUUUUGAUAGGGAGGCAUCAAUAUAUAUUGCAGCUGGUGAAAUUUAUGGUGGUGAACGUAGAUUAGCACAACUAAGAGCUGCUUUUCCAAGAAUUGUUAAGAAAGAGACAUUGCUGGCCAAUGAUGAGUUGCAGCAAUUUCAGAAUCAUUCAUCACAAAUGGCAGCAUUGGACUUUAUUGUUUCUGUCGCCAGUAACACCUUUGUUCCCACUUAUUAUGGUAACAUGGCAAAACUUGUGGAAGGCCACCGCAGGUAUUCUGGUUUUAAAAAGUCCAUUUUAUUGGAUCGGAAAAAGCUUGUAGAAUUGCUUGAUAUGCAUCAAAAUGGAACUCUUCCAUGGAAUGAGUUUGCAAAUACUGUGCGACAGGUUCAUGAAAAAAGAAUGGGACAACCAACUCGACGUAGAGUUGAAGUAGACAAGCCAAAGGAAGAGGAUUACUUCUAUGCCAACCCUUAUGAGUGUCUCUGCGAGGGAACAAAGUGUGAUGACUUGCUAGGUGCUCCUAACUCUAGUCAUAUGCGAUGA